AUGGUGCUUCAAGAUCUUGGGCGGCGUAUCAAUGCCGCCGUCACAGACCUCACGAGGUCGCCCAAUCUCGAUGAGAAGGCUUUCGAUUCCAUGGUCAAGGAGAUCUCUAACGCCCUCGUCGAAGCCGAUGUCAAUGUCAAACUCGUCAUGAACCUGCGACAGUCGAUAAAGCGCGCCGUCGACUUCAAACACCUUGCGCCCGGUGUCAACAAGAAGCGCCUCAUUCAAAAGGCCGUCUUCGAUGAGCUCGUCAAGAUGGUUGAUCCGCAUGCCGAACCUUUUAAGCCGAGAAAGGGAAAGUCAAACGUCAUUAUGUUUGUUGGUCUCCAGGGUGCGGGUAAAACUACAACAUGUACAAAGCUGGCGAGAUGGUACCAGGCAAGAGGCUUCAAGGCAUGUCUGGUCUGCGCAGAUACAUUCCGUGCCGGUGCAUUCGAUCAGUUGAAGCAAAACGCCACAAAAGCAAAGAUCCCAUACUAUGGUAGCCACACCCAGACGGACCCCGUAUUAGUGGCGGCUGAAGGUGUAGAGAAGUUCAAGAAAGAGCGCUUUGAAAUCAUCAUCGUGGAUACCUCUGGAAGACACAGGCAAGAGAAGGACCUGUUCGAUGAGAUGGUGCAAAUUCAGACCGCUGUUACGCCCGACCAGACGAUCAUGGUACUGGACGGAACCAUUGGUCAGGCUGCUGAAUCUCAAGCUCGCGCUUUCAAGGAGGCAGCAGACUUCGGAGCCAUUGUUAUCACCAAGACCGACGGUGCGGCAGCAGGUGGUGGUGCCAUCUCUGCAGUCGCAGCAACACAUACUCCCAUUGUCUUCCUCGGUAAUGGUGAACACAUGUUGGAUCUCGAACGCUUUGCCCCACAAGCCUUUGUUUCCAAACUGCUGGGAAUGGGCGACGUACAAGGUCUUGUCGAGCACGUCCAAUCACUGAAGCUCGAUCAAAAGGACACAAUGAAGCACAUUACUCAAGGAAUCUUCACCAUUAAGGAUCUCCGCGACCAGCUCUCCAACAUCAUGAAGAUGGGUCCUCUCUCCAAGAUGGCUGGCAUGAUUCCUGGACUAAGCAGCAUGAUGGGAGGCAUGGACGACGAAGAGGGUGGCGCCAAGCUCAAACGUAUGAUCUACAUCUGCGACAGCAUGACAGAAAAGGAACUCGAAUCCGACGGCAAGAUGUUUGUGGACCAGCCUACUCGCAUGACCCGUAUAGCCCGUGGCUCAGGCACGUCAGUACGCGAAGUUGAGGAACUGCUCACCCAGCACCGUAUGAUGGCAGGCAUGGCAAAGAAGAUGAAGGGCGGCAUGGCCAACAUGCAAAAGGCACAGGGUGCCAUGGGCGGUGGAAAUAAGCAGCAACAACUCGCCGCCAUGCAGAAGCGCAUGCAGAGUAUGGGUGGCGCAGGGGGUAUGGGCGGAGCGGGAGGCGGUAUGCCGGAUCUCGGAGCUAUGAUGAAGAUGCUCGGCGGCGGACGAGGAGGCGGAGGAGGCAUGCCGGAUCUUUCGGCUCUCGGAGGUAUGGGCGGCAUGGACAUGGGUGCUAUGAUGAAAAUGAUGGGCGGCAUGGGUGGUAUGCCUGGAAUGGGCGGCGGUGCGGGUGGUGCCGGUCAAGGCAAGGGAAGGAGAUAG